AUGACCAGCAUACGAAUUACCUGUGUAUUGGCUUCUUCUGUUUCAUUGCAUAAUGGUUCUGGAUUGUUAGAAUGUGAAACUAAAGAGCGACAAACAAUACGUCAUGCGGAUAGUAAAUUAGCAAAAAGUCGCCUUCCAUUGUAUAAUAGUUUUUUUCCUGAAUUAAUUCAAAUUCAAACACAUUUAGAAGAUUUUUCUUUAUGUGAAAAGCAUUAUAACCAACUUGUUGUGUCCAAUUUCUUACGACAAGUUCUUACAAAUACAAAUUAUUCGCAAUUAUCUAAAAACAAACAAGUACAUCAUCUUGAUUUUGAAAAUAAAUUAGUUGAAAAGCAGGCUCAUAUAGAGCAUGCUUAUGAAAUAGAAGUUGAAAAAAUACUUGCGAAAUUGGCAUUCAAACUGAAGAGACUAGUAAUAAAAUAA